CUUUCGUCUUUUCUCACUCUCUUCCCAUGAUACUUUCAGCCUCAACUAAACGCUUCAUACGCUCAAAAGUAUGGAUGCAUAGCACUUUGCCAAAAGCAGGUUUCCAAACAUCCGUGGCCUCCUGGAACCGACGUAUCGUGCCAUUAACUACUUCGAAACGUCCUGAACUUAAACGCCACAACCACUUCAAACAAAUCUCCCAAGACGAUUUGGAUUAUUUCCGCACCGUAUUAUCACCUAAUAAUAUUCUCCACGAUACAACCGAACAAACGCCUGGUUCCAGCUUUUGGCCUUUGAAUGUGGAUUUCUUUAAUCUAUACCGGGGUUCUUCAACUCUCUGUCUAUACCCCACCAACACCCAACAGGUCGCGGACAUUCUACGCUAUUGUAACACCAACCGAUUAGCAGUGGUGCCUCAAGGUGGUAACACAGGAGUCAGCGGAGGAGCUGUGCCUGUAUUUGACGAGAUUAUCAUCAAUAUGAGUAAGAUGAACAAUAUCCGCUCUUUCGACAACAUUUCCGGGGUCGUGGUGGUGGAUGGUGGUGUGGUACUGGAAGCAUUGGAUCAAUACCUGGCGGAAAAGGGAUUCAUGGUACCACUCGAUCUCGGCGCUAAAGGGUCUUGUCAGCUGGGUGGUAAUGUGAGCACGAAUGCUGGCGGCUUGCGAUUAAUGCGUUAUGGAAAUAUGCAUGGGAAUGUGCUUGGUCUAGAAAUCGUACUGCCAGAUGGUACAAUUGUGGAUAAUCUAUCAACCUUGCGCAAGGAUAACACGGGAUACGAUCUAAAACAGAUCUUCAUUGGCGCGGAAGGAACUUUGGGUCUUGUCACUGGUGUAUCAUUGCUGACUCCGCAACGUCCCAAGUCCACUAAUGUGGUCAUGGUGGCCAUGAAUACCUUUGAGGAUGUUCAACAGGCGUUCAAGAUGGCCAAACAGGAUUUGUCGGAAAUUUUGUCCGCAUUUGAGUUUUGGGACAAGGAGUCUAUUGACGUCGUAAAGAAGGGCAUGAAUCUCGAGAUCCCUUACCCUAUUGCCAGUGAUUCCAAGUUUUACGCAUUGCUUGAAUCGCAAGGCAGUAAUCAGGAACACGAUCAAGAGAAAUUGGAUAGUUACCUUGGACGACUUUUGGAAGCUGGGGUGGCCGUGGAUGGCGUCAUGGCCCAGGAUGCAAAACAGAUGAAUGCUUUGUGGUCUUGGCGCGAAAAGAUCCCCGAGGCGAUCAACAAUCUCGGCGCAGCCAUGACGUACGACUUUGCCAUGCCUGUACCGCUGUUUUACAAGAUGGUCAAUGACAGCAAGAAGUACUUUGAAGAGCGUGGUUUAUUAGGUGAAGGCAAGGUGUAUUCCAACCUUUUAGCAUUUGGCCACGUCGGUGAUGGAAACUUGCAUAUCAUGGCCAACGUGAAAGACUUUGAUCCCAAAAUUCACGAAAAUAUGGAUGACUUUGUGUUUGAGUGGGCUAUCAAACAUAAAGGCUCUAUUACCGCUGAGCACGGUAUCGGUAUCAGCAAAGUGAACUAUAUGACCCGCUGCAAGACUCCUGCUCAGUUGAAGAUGAUGCGAGCCAUCAAGGACACGUUCGAUCCAAACGGUAUCAUGAAUCCGUAUAAAGUCAUCCCUUCUCAGUAAUGCUGCCAGCUGCAGUCUCAAUAUUGAUCGUGUCAAAGGUAAAAAUGCCACUACGAGGUAUACAACAAAACUUAAAAAUGUGUAUCAUCAUCACUGGAACAAAUAAAAUAUUUGAAAAAUGCUGUGCUAUUUUUUCCAUCUUCCAACAAU